AGUAACGUGGGGCCAGAAGACAAGCUUUUUUUGUUGGGUGGGGUAGACAUUGUUGUUAUAGCUGGAGAAGUAAGUAGUUGUAGUUCUGCAGUACACAAUAUCAAUGACAUUACUUACCCACCAGGUGUUUGUUGGCUCCUCUCAUUUGAUUGCGCGAUAACUAGUCUUAACCUAGUACCCGCACUACAAUUUGUUUUCGUUUUUAUCAGACGCGAUUAUAAAAAGGAGCAAACCUCCCAGCACACAAAGACAAAUGGACUUCCGAGAAACAGCAAUGUUAGUGUCACCAGUGGCAUAGCGACAAUGUUAAACUUUCUGCAGACAUACGACUGCGAUGGUUCAAGUACGUCGGACCAUAGAAGGCACGGGAGCUGCAGCACAUACUUAUCAGGAUACGUAACGCCAUUUGAGCAGAUGGAGUCGCUUAUCUUCCCCCCCGACAACAACCAUAACCCCAACACUGGCACAAGUCCUUCCGGCUUCAUUGCGCCGCUACCUGUAGGAGCAUUAGCGACACCGAGUGGAGAUGGUAGUGUGUUUCGUUCUCGUACUCGUUUCCUAUGUGAUCACUUUUUAUGUGAUCAUUGAUUCUGCAUCAAAUGAUGCAUCGAUCCUUUUGUUCUCUACACAUUUCAUGUGUUAUUCCUGUUACUUCAUCGCUGUACAAUAAAACUGCAGGCACAAACUGCGAGUUUCCUCCGACCCACGGGCUGACGCAAGGUUUGAUUUCCGAAUACCGAGUUGCUCAAAGCGACGCAGAGGAGGGCGGGGGUCGCACGUCGAUCCACAUCGUCCCCGAAAGCGAGGUGCUGGUAGAACCGCAGGAGCCGCACCAGGUAUCCAAUCUAAUGGAAGGUGAGCAUGCAACCAGCGCGCCUUCUACGGCAACAUUGCGCGAUCCCGCAGUAGAGGCAGCAAGACACGACCUCCAGCACGACCCCCGCGUUGGUGACGCGCACGUCCAGGCUUCCCGCCGCAAUAAGACCCUGGCCCGGCACGAGUCCGAAGAGUCCUCUUUUGCCGAGCACCUUCCAGGGGCGAAGGCCGUGAAUUCAGGCGUGAAAAAUUAUUUCUCCUUUCUAAACUCUUUCCACAAACGGAAACCGUCCCCAGUAGAAACUGAUGACCCGCAGUGGAAGCAUUUGCUACAGGUGCCGAUCAAACCAGCAACCGGAGCUGCUGGUGGUUCGAAGCAGAAGGGAAACGGGAUUAAGAGUCGCGGCGAUACUUCAGCGUCGAGUAGUAGUCGAAACGGUUCCUGCUCUUCGUCAUCCUCGGUCUCAAUUUCGAAUCAAGAGGACAGCAGCUGCAGUGUGGACGAAAGUUGCGCAUUGAGUAGUGGUGCCAUUCUUGAAGACGCUCCCGCUGGGUUAGUUUUGCAACCAAGUAGUCGCGACGAGAGCGAGUUGGGCAGCAGUAAAACUACAGGGACCGCUCAUGGGAAAUCAGCAUCUUCAACAACAGAAGGGAAAUUAUCGGGAGCCACGUCGCUGUCAGUAGAAGCGGGCUCGAGGAAAAGUAGUCCUUCAGUCGAGGAGUUCAUCAGCCUCAACGCCAUGCGGCAGCACUGCAAAGCGCGAGGACCACUUCCCCACACAGAUCCGAGUAAAGGUCAAUAUGUGCAUGCCGCGGUCAAAAGAAGCGCUACGACGGCUGAACCCUCAUCAACAGCCCCGUCCACGACUUCAUCUCGGAGCCAGAGCAAAAAACAAAAGGAAAAGUUUUCGAAACACCAGUCAAAAUCUUUUUCCCUCUCAACAUCUUCGAGCGGAUUCGCGUCCCCCGCGUCAAGCCAGGCCGGAUCCACCGCCUACGUGAACGCGAAAUCUUCGCUCGACACGCUGACCCAAGCCCUCUCCCUUAUCGCGGAGACGAAAAAGGGAAUCACCAAUCUGCUCGAGGUGGAGGAGGAGAGCUGCGAUUCCGGCUGCCCCACGCCCAUGUCCGCGGUGUCGGCCCGGACAGGUGUGAGGCAGGACAACUGCUGUAGCGGGGGUCUGUACAAGAGCAACCCGGUCUCGUCCUCGUCGACCGGCUGGAGCAAAAAUCUGCAACAGCAACCCGGGGCGCCGUCUUCGUCUUCCUGCAGUACACCCUGCUCUGCAUCUUGCAGUGGCGCUGGGCGUCGUGCUACAACGGAAGAAGCGAAGAGGAGCCAUGGAACGUCUACUGGUAAUACUACGAGUUCAUCCACCUCUCUGUCGUCAUCUGCGGUGUCUGACGUGAGAAGUGUCAGCAUAUUAAGCGACGUCGACAAGAGUAGAGUUACUAGCACGACUGCAUCAACAACUUCAUCUACGUCCAGACACAGACUGAAAGUUGGGUCUUCAUCCAUGGUGGAAGAUUUUGACACCUGCACACCACGGGCUGCUGGAGACGAGGUUUUGUUGUAUCCCGCAACUACUGGGGGCAGAAACAGCAUCAGCAACAGCACAACAUCUACCUCCAAGGACGAGUUCUUCGAGCAAGUAGAUAAGAACUUCCCAAGAACAAAACAAUCGAAGCUGCAGCAGCUCCAGCGGUUUCAAACGUGCGAAGAGUUGCUCGCUCCACCACGACACGGACAAGUAGAUGAGAGGGAACAGGAACAAUGCACUACCGCGGCUUCUUCGAUAGCGCUCGCGAGAUCUUCGGCCAGGGUUUUGCCGCUAGGGCCACCCUCCGGGUGGUUUUCUGGUGGAAGAAGCACCAAAAUACCAGGAAAUAUACAAUCCGUCGCGCAAGAAGCGGACCAGCAGCUGGAGGAUUGCCGAAUCCGACACUCCACGACCUAUCUUCCGUUCGACGCCGCUGCUAGAAUGUCUUCUCUAUCGGGCAGGUCUUCAGACUCCGCCUCGAAAGUAGUGCCAGAGGCGGAUGAGACUUGUGAGUUUUUCGAAGCUGAAAGCGAAAGCGACACCUCGCCAAAAAGCGGUACUAAAAGUGGGGGAUUAGAACAACGGGAGCGGCAAAGAAGCGUUGAGAUCAAGGGCUUGACGAGCAAAGAACGGAGGGCAACUGCAUUUUCUUUUGCAACUGCAGCUAGCACAUUGACAUUUCCUGUGGGACUUAUGCGUGCAACAGCAAGGGUUUGCGUUUUUGGGCCGGUGGCGUACUACGGGCUGCAGAUGUUUCUCACGAUGCUCGUUGAUUCGGAGUUCGAAGAUGGGCAUGCAGGCGAUAUUCUGUGAACAGGAAAGAAGAUGAGCGUCUCAGGCUCAUCAAACCUACUUAUUAUUAUUUUCCAUCUGCUAAGUGAGAGCUGACGCUGAGCAUCUUGCUGGCUUGCAGUUUUUGCUGUCGUAGUUCAUCAUUGCUUUUUGCCAGCCGGCGGCGACGCUGAGAAUAUUCGCUUGCACCACACCAAUAGCGGUGACAGAAUAUCAAGGCUUUGUUUAUUUUGUGGUCAAACUCAUGCUCCAAACAUCGUGUUUUUAAAGGUUUCAACAUAUUUGCUGAGUUUUGGAAAAGAAACAGGAAAUAAAGUUUGGGUACGUCAACUUCCACGCCCAGAUGCUUUGUGUGAGCAAGGCGGGAAGGCGACUCAGCACAAUAUCCCUAUGUCUUUCUGCUCAGUUGACUUGUCCUGGUAC